CCUGCAAAGCAGCUUGCGCCUGCGUGGUUGGGCGGCUUUAGGGCGGGGUAGGUUUAUAUUCGCAGAGGAUCAGCUGACACCCUGCAUUGCAGUGUGCGGAGUCAGGCGGCGUCAUGUACACCUUGUUCCUCUUGGCUGGCCUUCUGGGCGCGGCUCUCGCCAGCCCCGUCCUGGGCCUGAGAGAGUGCACCAGGGGCUCGGCCGUGUGGUGCCAGAACGUGAAGACAGCAUCCGACUGCGGGGCCCUGCAGCACUGCCUGCAGACCGUCUGGAACAAGCCAACCGUGAAAUCCCUUCCCUGUGACAUAUGCAAAGAUGUCAUCACUGCAGCUGGCGACAUGUUGAAAGACAAUGCCACUGAGCAGGAGAUCCUCGUGUACUUGGAGAGGACGUGUGACUGGCUUCCCAAGCCGAACAUGUCUGCCACGUGCAAGGAGAUCGUUGACUCCUACUUCCCUGUCAUCCUGGACAUGAUUAAAGGACAGAUGAGCAAGCCCGGGGAGGUGUGCUCCGCUCUGAACCUCUGCGAGUCUCUUCAGAAGCACCUGGCGGAGCUGACCCAGCAGAAGCAGCUCGAGUCCAAUCAGAUACCAGAACUGGAUCUGGCCGAGGCGGUGGCUCCCUUCAUGGCCAACAUCCCCCUCCUCCUCUACCCUCAGGACGGCUCCAGCAGCAAGCCCCGGCCGAAGGCUGAUGGGGACGUUUGCCAGGACUGCAUUCAGAUGGUGACUGACCUCCAGAACGCUGUGAGGACCAACUCCACCUUUGUCGAGGCCUUGGUGAACCACGCCAAGGAGGAGUGUGACCGCCUGGGGCCCGGCAUGGCCGACAUGUGCAAGAACUAUAUCAGCCAGUACUCGGAAAUCGCUAUCCAGAUGAUGAUGCACAUGCAGGAUCAGCAACCCAAGGACAUCUGUGGGCUGGUUGGAUUCUGUGAGGAGGUGAAGGAGGUGCCCAUGCAGACUCUGGUGCCUGCCAAGGUGCUCUCGGAGAAAGUCAUCUCUGCCCUGGAGCUGGUGGAGCCCAUAAAGAAGGACCUGGUCCCGGAGAAGGCCACUAUUUACUGUGAGGUGUGCGAGUUCGUGGUGAAGGAGGUGGCCAAGCUGAUCGACAACAACAGGACCGAGGAGGAAAUCAUUCACGCUCUGGACAAAGUGUGCUCCAAGUUGCCCACGUCCAUGUCCGAGGAGUGCCAGGAGUUGGUCGACACGUACGGCAGCUCCAUCCUGUCGCUCCUCCUGCAGGAGGCGAGCCCUGAGUUGGUGUGCAGCAUGCUCCAUCUCUGCUCCACCCAGGGGCUGCCCGUGUUGACUGCGCGUGUGACACCGCUGAAGGACGGUGGCUUCUGUGAGGUGUGCAAGAGGCUGGUGAGCUAUUUGGACCGCAACCUGGAGAAAAACAGCACAAAGCAGGAGAUCCUGGCUGCCCUGGAGAAAGGCUGCAGCUUCCUGCCUGACCCGUACCAGAAGCAGUGCGAUCAGUUCGUGACGGAGUACGAGCCUGUGCUGGUUGAGAUCCUGGUGGAGGUGAUGGAGCCGUCGUUCGUGUGCUCGAAAAUUGGAGCCUGCCCUUCAGCCCAUAAGCCUCUUUUGGGAACUGAGAAGUGCGUCUGGGGCCCGAGCUUCUGGUGCCAGAACAUGGAGUCGGCAGCCCUGUGCAACGCUGUCGAGCACUGCAAGCGUCACGUGUGGAACUAGAAGGCACGUUCCAUCCUGGAGAAACUGCAGCAUUUUUUCCUGCUUGUGUGUCUGGGGGAACGAACACACAGAUCUGUCGACUUUGUCCAAAAAUAGCCCCCCCCUCCCCCCAGUCCCUUUCUUCUCUCCCUCAUCGUAGCGCUGCUGUGGGUGGGCUGCUGAAGUGGCCUCUUCAGGGUCCCUUUCCUCUGCUAGAUGGAUGCUGACGUACUAUAUAUACACACUGGAGGUUUCUGAGUCUGUCCCUGCAUGGUGGUGGCCCGAAGGAGGAGGAGGAGAAGGGGGCACUCUUGACAGAGGCUGUCCAUCCUCCAGGCUGGGCCUUGGGUGCUGAGGCCUCUGCCUCCUCUAAGGAGGGACCUUCCCCCAUCCUGGGCCGCAGAUUGCAAAACACACACACUUUUAUAUAAAAGCUGAGGUGCUCAGUAUAGUUGUCACUGUACUGGAGCUUGUGGAAGCAGGACCUAGUGGGGCUGGGCUCGCUCUCCCGGGGUCAAUCUUCAGUCGAGCGUUCCUAUGUCUUUCCUGGUGAUGCUGUGUUUGUGUUUCUGUGGGUUGGGGGCCGGGGGUGGGGUGGGGGGGAACGUGCCAGAAUGUAAUCUGCUGGUUCUCUGUGGAGAUCCUGCGGGCCUGCUUUUGUGUGAAACAUGGACAGUGGUGACCGCCUCCUGCCCGCUCUUGUGUCCAUCCUGCAGAGCAGGACUGCCAUUGCUCUAGGCAGCAUGGCCUCCCCCUCCUGCCCCCCAUUUUAUAGGUGUUCUUUUUGACCUGCAAAUACAUGUGGAUGAUAAGCUCCUAAGCCUCUGGCUUCCAGGUAGAGGGUCUGUUGGGUGUGCUGUCCCGGGGCCUCGGUUGCCACCCUGCCUCCUCUCCCGUCUGGCUGCAUCUUCUGCUCCACUUCUGGUUGCCAGGAGACAGCUAGACGCGCAGUUGCUAUUAAAUGAACUUAACAAUUUUUUUAGUUUCGUUUUGCACUAAAACUUCUGUGAUUUAACAAUAAAGUCCGUCAACCAGA